CUCCUUUCCUACUUUCUUGAGUAGAGACCACGCCCCCAGCAGCCCAGCGGGCUGCACCUGAGGGCGCAGGUGACAUUCCCGUUCCAGCUGCAUCAGUGGAGCUCUGACGGCGCGCGACCAUGCAGCGACGGCUGACCGCCUCGCGCUUCCGCGGCCCCGGAGCCGUUCUGCUGUGGCUGUUUCUGACACAAGCGUCUGCAGACUUACCCAUAUGCAAGGAGUCUGAUUACCACUUUGAGUACACAGAGUGUGACAGGCUUGGGGCAAGAUGGAGGGUGGCGAUUCCCAACAAACCCGACACAUGCACAGCUCUACCGGAUCCGGUCGAAGGGACUCCGUGCACCUUUUCCUGUGGUGAGGGUGAGUUCCUCAACAUGCAGUCGCAGAAGUGCCAGGAGUGUUCUGCGGGCACCUACUCUCUGGGCACUGGUGUGGCAUUUGACGAGUGGGACAGCCUGCCGACGGGGUUUAUCACUCAGGGGGUGAUGACAAAUGAGGGAAAAGCCCUUACUGACUGCUCUAACUCCACCUGGACACCAAAGGGAGAUUAUGUAGCCUCCAACACAGAUGAGUGUACUGCAACCCUGUCUUAUGCUGUGAGCCUGAAAAAACCGGGAACUGUGACUUUUGAAUAUUUCCACCCAGACAGCAACAUUUACUUUGAGUUCUUUGUUCAGAAUGACCAAUGUCAGUCAACAGAAUCAGAAAGCCGCUGGAUGAAGGUCUCAGAGAAGGACUGGAACCAGUAUAGGGUUGAUCUGACCAGUGGGAACAAUGUGCUUUACUGGAGAACCACGUCGUAUGCUCUCCAGGGGUCUGCUGUCAAACCUGUGCUGCUAAGAAAUAUCCAGGUCUCAGGGGUGGCCUACACUUCUGAGUGUUUCCAUUGUAAACCUGGCACCCACAGCGCGAAAGCAGGAUCUGCACGCUGCACCCCCUGCCCUGCGGAUACCUACUCCAACAAGGGUGCCACCGUUUGCCAUGAGUGUGAAAAAGACAAAUACUCUGAACCAGGUUCUGGAAGCUGCAAGCAAAGACCAGCUUGUACAACCAGAGACUACUUCUACACUCACACCCCUUGUGACUCUGAGGGAAAGACCCAGCUUAUGUACAAAUGGAUUGAACCUAAGAUCUGCAGUGAUACUGCUGAGGGGGCAGUGAAGCUCCCGGCGUCAGGAGAGAAGCAAACCUGCCCGCCGUGUAAUCCGGGGUUCUUCGUCUCCAACUCGUCCACGUGCGAGCCGUGCGGCAGUGAUUCCUACUCAAAUGGAACAGUGUGCGUCAAAUGUCCUGCUGGCACACAACCGUUGAUAGGUUUUGAAUACAAGUGGUGGAACACAAUGCCGACCAACAUGAGGAGCUCUGUCUUUGGUCAAGAGUACGGUGGCUCCAACAGAAGCACAGCAUGGGAAGUGGCGGGAGAAUAUGUUUACACCACCCCAGGGUAUCGGGACACUGACUACCUGAUGCUCACGCUCACUGUUCCAGGAUACAGGGUUCCUCAGUUUAGGAAUAAAGACAGUGAAAGGGGGGAACUGUCCCGCAUCACUUUCGUCUUUGAGACCAUGUGUACAACUGACUGCAAGUUUUACUUCCUGGCGGGCUACAGUGAGUGGAAUAACUAUGUGGUGGAGCAUUGGACAGGCAGCAGCCGGAAGCAGUCUUACUCCUACGUGAUCCAGAGCAACAGGACCGUCAGCUUCAGUUGGGCUUUGCAACGGACAGAGGAGUUCUCCCCGAACAAGACGUACAACUCUGACUUUGCCAAGAUCUACUCAGUCCACAUCACCAAUGUAAUCGGAGGCGUGGCCUCUCAGUGUCGCCGCUGUGCACUGACAUCUGUCGGGACAGACUCCGCCUGUGUGCUCUGUCCACCGGGACACUUCAUGGUCAGUGAGACGGGAGCCUGUAAGAGCUGCCCACCAAACACCAUCACCAAGGCCAGUCAACCUGUUGGAGAAGAUGCCUGUGUCCGCUGUGGACCAAACACAAGGAGAAACAAGGCUCACACAGCAUGUGUCAGUGACUGUAAACUGGAUGUUCAGACGACAGAAGGGGCCAGGCUCCACUACGACUUCUCCCCUCUGUCUAAUGUCACCGACUUCUACAGCAGCCCUCGCUUCACCAGCAAAGGCCUGCGCUAUUUCCACCGUUUCAGCCUGGGUCUGUGUGGGGCAGAGAACAAAGUGCCUGCCUCUUGUGUGGACAACGUAACAGAAAAUGAGAGAUCAGUCAAAGGUUACAUCUGUCAGUCCACUUUGGUUCCCUCGGACAUCAGGAGUCAGAAAAUGGUGUCAGGUCAACCUUUCCUCAUCGGGGACUCCAUUGUUGGUGUGUCCACUGAGACGACCCUAGUUGGGAUCUCUUCUCCAACAUGGUUGUUUCCACCAUCAUCCAAACUUCCAGACGUUAUAUUCUAUUACCGGUCCAGUGACACAACUCAGACUUGUAAACAGGGGAGGUCAGCCACCAUCAGACUCAGAUGCAACCCUGCAAUAGCAGCUAAAAACUACAUCCAUUUACCAAGUAACUGUUCUGAAGGGACAUGUGAUGGCUGUACUUUCCAUUUCUUGUGGCAGAGCCAGCAUGCAUGUCCUCUCUGCACCAAAAACCACUACAAAGAAAUUGUUAGCGCUUGCAUCCAGGGAAUACAGAAAACCACUUACAUGUGGCAGCAGCCUCUGGAGUGUUAUGGAGGAGUGUCACUUCCAGGACAAAAAGUCAGUGCUUGUGUGAGUCUGGAUUUUUGGCUCAAGUUUGGUGUUUCGACUGGAACCAUCGGCGCCUUACUUCUCAUCAGCAUCAGCUGCUAUUUUUGGAAGAAAACUCGCAAACUGCAGUAUCGGUACUCCAAGCUGAUGAUGAGCUCCGGAGGCAAAGAGUGUGAGCUGCCCACCGCAGACAGCUGUGCCAUAAUGGAGGGAGAAGAUGCAGAGGACGACCUCAUAUACUUAACCAAGAAAUCCCUCUUCAGCAAAAUUAAAUCCUUUUCACGAGAGAGGACAUCUGAUGGGUUUGACUCAGUUCCCCUCAAGUUUUCAUCUUCUCGCCAUCAACAAGCAGAGGAGGAGGAGGACUCUGACGAUGCUUAAGUCAGAAGUUGAAUUUAUGGAAGUGUCUAGGUUUUAUUUAGUAUCAUUUUAGGUCUGAAAUAUAAAUAUAUGCAGUAUAUAUAGUAUGUUUUACAUAUGUCACCAAAGAAUAUAGUUUUUUGAGAGUUAAUUAAAGAAUGCAAAUUGUAUUUAGAAUUUCUCAAAUGUUACAGUGCCACAUUGAAUGCUGACAUGCAAAGUGUCUUUAUGGGUUUCUACAAAUUAUUUUUGACCCAUUGUGUGUGUGUUUUUUUUUAAAUAAUAACUAAACAAUAAAAUAAAUUCUUUUUUUGUCUUUAUUACACAGCUUUGAAAUUGAGAUUUUCCCCCAACUUUCUUUUAUUACUGUUGUUUGAAAAGCUCAUCACUGUGUUUAUUGAGAGGGACAUUGUGUUUAAUUAGUAAGGAGUCCUACUUCAGUUAGCAUAGUCACUGAACCAGUGUAUGUUUGUUACUGCAUUUAUGUAUUUCUUUUCGGUUGUUUUAACAUUAAAAUAUGUUUUACAGUCUUUUUUUCUUUCAGUUUGAAGGUUUACAGUGUGUAAAAAUGUACUGUUUAUGAGGUAAUUAAAUAAAUACUGGUAAUAAAUA